CUGGCGAGCGCGCGCGCGCCUGCGCAGAGGGACGAGGAAACUGGGUCCCCGUUAGGUCCCGGCGCUUGCGCGCUGUGGGCUCCGGGCCUCCCGGCCUGAGGGAGAGGAGCAGGGAAGAUGGCGGCUGUGGUGGAAAAUGUAGUGAAGCUCCUGGGGGAGCAAUACUAUAAAGAUGCCAUGGAGCAGUGCCACAAUUACAAUGCCCGCCUCUGUGCUGAGCGUAGUGUGCGCCUGCCUUUCUUGGACUCACAGACCGGAGUAGCCCAGAGCAACUGUUACAUCUGGAUGGAAAAACGACAUCGGGGUCCAGGUUUGGCCUCUGGGCAGCUGUACUCCUACCCUGCCCGGCGCUGGCGGAAAAAGCGGCGAGCCCACCCUCCUGAGGACCCAAGACUUUCUUUCCCAUCUAUUAAACCAGACACAGACCAGACCCUGAAGAAGGAGGGGCUGAUCUCUCAGGACGGCAGUAGUUUAGAGGCUCUGUUGCGCACCGACCCCCUGGAGAAGCGAGGUGCCCCAGAUCCCCGCGUCGAUGAUGACAGCCUGGGCGAGUUUCCUGUGACCAACAGUCGAGCACGGAAGCGGAUCCUAGAACCAGAUGACUACCUGGAUGACCUUGAUGAUGAGGACUAUGAAGAAGACACUCCCAAGCGUCGGGGCAAGGGGAAAUCGAAGGGUAAAGGUGUGGGCAGUGCCCGUAAGAAGCUGGAUGCUUCCAUCCUGGAGGACCGGGACAAGCCCUAUGCCUGCGACAUCUGUGGGAAACGUUACAAGAACCGACCAGGCCUCAGUUACCACUAUGCCCACUCCCACUUGGCUGAGGAGGAGGGCGAGGACAAGGAAGACUCUCAGCCACCCACCCCGGUUUCCCAGAGGUCCGAGGAGCAGAAAUCCAAGAAGGGUCCCGAUGGAUUGGCCUUGCCCAACAACUACUGUGACUUCUGCCUGGGAGACUCAAAGAUCAACAAGAAGACAGGACAACCCGAGGAGCUGGUGUCUUGUUCUGACUGUGGCCGCUCAGGGCAUCCGUCUUGCCUGCAGUUCACCCCCGUGAUGAUGGCAGCCGUGAAGACCUACCGCUGGCAGUGCAUUGAGUGCAAGUGCUGCAAUAUCUGCGGCACCUCUGAGAAUGACGACCAGCUGCUCUUCUGUGAUGACUGCGAUCGUGGCUACCACAUGUACUGUCUUACCCCGUCCAUGUCUGAACCCCCUGAAGGAAGUUGGAGCUGCCACUUGUGUCUGGACCUGCUGAAGGAGAAAGCUUCCAUCUACCAGAACCAGAACGCCUCUUGAUGUGGCCACCCAUGCUCCUCCCAUGCAUCUAGGGCUGUUUCUCUCCUCCUCUCUUGUUUCUCAUACCCACCUUUCCCUUCCUCCUCUCUUUCACAAGUCCAGAGAACCUGGGGUGGUCGUGCCAACCUGCCUUUGGCAGCAGCAAGCUGAGGUGGCAGCUCUGCCUGCCUCUGGCCCCACGCCCUCGGGAGAACGGAACAGCACACCGCCCACCCCAGGGUGCACCUGCGGAUCCUGCUUCUCGCGGCUCUCCACGAAGUGCAUUCACUCUGCCUGCCUUGGGCCCCGGCCUGGUGAUCACAGGGUUCAGACAGUGUCCUCGGAGAAAGAGUGGGGGGCAUCUCAGUUCUCUCUCCGCUUUGCCUCCACUCUGGUCCCUGGGGUUUUCCCUUCCUCUAGAGGUGAGCCAGGCCAGGGCCUCUUUGCCAGGCGUAGCAGGGAGCGAGCAACUGAGCAAGCGGAGGUGGCGCUUGGAAGGACUUUCCAUGCCCUUCCUGCUGCUUAUCCCCACCGCCUCCUUCCCCCAGAGGGGCACUGUGGCCCUAUUCCUGCUACCCAGGAUCCUUUGCCCGCACCAGGAUGUUCUUGGUCACCCUCUGGGCUCUGCCUUGUCCCACCCUAGGAGGGUAGCAGCUUCACCCCGAGUCUUCCUCGUGCUUACCUGGCUCACUCUCACAGGUGGUCUCUAGUGGCCACAGCAUUCCCCACCCUUGGAAUUUCCUACCUUCCGCCUCCUCAUUCCCUUUGGUUUUGUGGGGAGAGGGGAAGCAUUGGGGGGCCGGGCCAGCCACUUAGAGGUCACAGGGAGACGUUGGAUAAUGUGCCUGUUUUUUAACUCGAUGAAAAAGCCUACCUCCAAAAUCCCCUUUUUGUUCUUCCUGGACCUGGGCAUUCAGCUCCUGCCCUUAACUGAAUUGGGAGCCUCUGCCUCCUACUCUGUGCAUCCUGGCCCCGGGGUCACAGGGAAGCCACAUAGACGUCCCAUUCUUCCCUUGCACGCUCGCUAGCAGCUGGUAAGGUCUUCACAUCCUGAUUCCUCAGUUUUCUGGCUGGUGACACUGACAUUAAAUACUGGGAGGGACACUCCAUGCCAGGACACGCUGGAGUGGCCUUCCCCUUGGCUAUGGGCAGGCCCUAAUUCACUGUCGCUUUGGAGUUGUGUCUUUUUUCUUCCUCGCUCUCUCUCUUGGUUCCUGUAUUCUAAACAUUAGUACAAAUAAACAUUUUUACACAGA